UUAAUCCGGACCAGGCUGGGCAGAGAUGGAGCAGAACCCCGGGGCCUAGAGCACUCAGCCCCGCUCCGGACCUCAGUUUUCCCGGCAGCCGCGGCAAGCCCCGCCCCAAAGCCCCGGGAGGCGGGAAGACUACAACCCGGAGGAGGAGGAAGAGAGAGGAAGAGGAGGAGGAAGAGGAUGGCUCUGGGCGGGCCGGGUCGGCAGCUGCGGGCCCUGCUCCGCGCCUCCCUCGGGCCCAGGGUCCAGGGUCAGCGUGCAGAGUCGGGCCCGGCUCCGAGGCGAGCGCCCCGGCGCCUCGCGGUGGAAGGCAACAUCGCUGUGGGGAAGUCAACCUUUGUGAAGUUACUUGUGAAAACCUUCCCAGAGUGGCACAUUGCUGCAGAGCCUAUAACAACGUGGCAAAACAUCCAGGCUGUUGGCACACCAACAGCUGGCCCUCCCCAGAGCGUGGGGAAUCUGCUGGACAUGAUGUACCAGCAGCCCUCACGGUGGUCCUACACCUUCCAGACGUUUUCCUUACUGAGUCGGCUGAAAGCCCAGCUCGCCCCCUCCCCAGAGCGGCUCUGGCAGGCCCAGCAGCCCAUGCAUGUGUUCGAGCGUACGGUGUACAGUGACAGGCUCCACUUUGAGCACCUGAAGAAGACCCCAGUGCUGGUGCUGGAUGUCAAUGAGGAUUUCUCGGAGGUGGCGGCCAAGCAAGAAGAGCUCAUGAGAAAGGUGAACAGCUUCGUGAAGGAUCUGGGAUGAAGCCCGGGUUUUGCUGGUGGCUCUCUGUGGCUUGGAGAACCAUGGGCUUCCUCCUCUCUGGGGACCAUGCCUCUUUCCCCUAAGGCUUCAUUGGUCCUCAUCAGCCCGCUCUGUAUUGCCCCGGAGCAGCUUCUCUGAGGCCCCCUUUCCUCCUCAGUUCAAUGAAGGAUUUGGACUUGAGCAGCCUCAGUGGCCUUCCCAGUUCUGGAGCUCUGAUCUGCUAUCUCAGGGGUCUCGGACAAUGUGGCCUCUGAGGGCCUUUUUCAAACUUUCUUUAGUUCUUUAAAAAAAAAAAAAGAUGAUUUUUUCCUACAAUUUCUUUUUAUUCUGAAGUCCCAAUUCCCUCCCUCUCUAGUUCCCUGCCCAUUUAGAAGGCAAGGAAAAUAAAAGCCAUUAUAAAGAUGUGCAAAACAAGGGCUGCCACAUGCAAGGAAGCAAGAAAGGAAAGAGACGGAGAUUCUGCCUCUGUGUGCCCUCUUGCACCCAUCAGAUCUCUGUGGAGGGGUAGACAGUGUGUUUGGAAUCUCAGCUGGUUGUGGUGUUGGGCAGGGCUGCUGCGGAUAUUUUCCAGGAGGGAAGGCCUGGCUUUCCCAAACCCUGUUAGCCUGAGAGGAUCGGAUGCUUGGAGAUUUGCAAAGUGCUUGCCCUCAAUACAGUUCCAUCAACUCUCUCAUGCAAUGGCAGGUAAACACUGUAUCAAGACAUUUUCUUUUCUUCUAACCCUUACCUUCCAUCUUGGAGUCCAACCUGUGUUCCCCUGGGCUCCUGGUGAUGUGCUAGGUCAGGGAGCCAGGUGGAAGGGAGCAGAAAGGAGUUGAGUUCUAGAGCCAAGCUCUAGAGUCUGGUCAUGAAUAGAAAGAAUGAAGGGCUUGAGUAGUCACAAGGGUGAGACCAUUGGAGGACUCAGGGCUUUGCCACUCUCUGUCCCUGAUGUAACAAUGGAUCCAUCCUUCCUUUACCCCUCAGUGCUGUGAUGGAUGGCUUUUACAUGACACACAUGUGCUUUUUUACAUAUGAUCCUCUACAUCAUUAGAACAUACUUAAAUAUGCAUAUAAUGCAUAUAAUGAGCAGAUCUGUUAUCCUACAAAUACCAGGGGGUUUGCAGUAAAAAGAACAGAGGACUUGUUGUCUUAAGGAAUCGGGGGGCCAGGGAAGGCCUCCAGGGAUCCAGGUUCUCCCCUUCAUAAUCUGAGUGCCCUUACCCAAUCCAUUCUCUAGCCUCGGUUUCCUUCUCUGUAAAAUAAGAGCAUUAGAACAUGUAAGGGCUGGAAUGUAAGGGGUUAAUAUAAAAGGGUGGACUAGAUUAUGUAAGAAUAGUGUCACCAGGAAUUUAAUCUAUUCCAAAAUGAUUUUUUAGCCAUUGAUUUCUAAAAUAUAGAAAGAGUGAAAGUAAGAAAUCAGAGAGAGGCUAGGGUAAGAUAUCUAGCCUAUGCACUAAGUAUUUGCUGGUACCCUGGGCUCAACCCAGGAGGGGCUAAUCAGUCCUUAGCCAGAGGGGCCUCAGCCUUGAAUCCAGGACCUGGGCAUGCAGGGAGCCUCUCUCAAGAGGGAGGCCUCUCCUGAGGCUGGUCCCUUCAGAAAAUCCAGGAAAGGAGUCAGCCUUGGUAGUUCUAAGGGAAAAAUCCAUGCAGUCCAAAGUCAAGUUGAAGGCGAAAGACCUCUUCCCAGGAAGUUCUUGGCAUUUUAAAGACCCUUCCCUUGUCACUUCCUGUGCCUGCCUUCCAUUUUCCAGGGCCCAAUUACAGCCAACACUUUGCUUAGGACUGCCCAGGGGGGCAGUCAGUCCAUUCUGAUUCGUCACCCACGAUUGCACAGUGGGGCACAGACCUCCCCCACUCAAGUGUAAGUGGGGAUCAAAUCUAAAAAUGGGCAGGAGAGAGUUCAUCCCAUCCUCCAAACAGGACCUCUCUGUAUUCCAUUCUGGUGUUUGUUAUUCUGUACUUUUGUAAGCACAAAUACACAUCCUUUAAAUGCCCAGCUGUAGCUAAGAUGUCUGACGUUCCUUUUCCUGCUUUUUUUCCCUCUUCAUAUUAUCUUACAUGAGAGGUAGAGUGAAUGGAGUGUUUGCCUUGGAUCCAGGAGGGCCUGGGUUCAAAGCCUGCCUCCAUUGCCACCCUUAGGCCCAAAGGCCAGUCAAUUAAUCUGUCUGAAUAACUUUCUUGUAUAGAUAUUAUUACAUAAAUAAUAAUAUGUCUGAAAUAACUCUCAAGGACCAGAAAUCUUAUUUGAUGUUUUCUUACAAUUUCCCGUGCCUUUUUUUAAAAAAAAUUUGAGUUCAAAAUUCUUUCUCUUGCUCCCUCCUCUUCCCCCUCCUUGAGAAGACAAGCAGUUUGCUAGAGAUUAUACAUAUGACAUCAUGUCAAACAUGUUUUCAUAUUAGCCAUGUUGCCAAAGAAAACAGACCCCCCAAACCCAAAGUUGAAAAACAGAGUUUUUUCUGAUCUGCUCUGCAUUCAGAUUCCAGAAGCUCUUUCCCUGGAGGUGGAUAAUGUUUUUUCAUCAGAAGCCCUUUGCGGGGAGGGGGCAGCUGGGUAGUUCAGUGGAUUGAGAGUCAGGUCUAGAGGUGGGAGGUCCUGGGUUCAAAUUUGGCCUCAGACACUUCCCAGCUGUGUGACCCUGGGCAAGUCACUUCACAGUGCCUAAUCCUUACCAUACUUCUGCCUUGGAACCAAUACCCAGUAUUGAUUCUAAAAAAAAGCCCUUCAGAACUGUCUUGAAUUAUUGGAUUGCUGAGAAUAACUAAGUCAUUCAUAGUUGAUCAUUGUACAAUACUGCUCUUACUGAGUACAGUGUUCUCCUGGUUCUGCUUAUUUCAUUUUGCAUCAGUUCAUGGAAGUCUUCCCAGCUUUUUCAGGUGGGAAGGUUCUCCCUAUCUACUGCCCAGGUCUUCUCACUCUUUUU